AUGGGAAGCGAGCACUACUGUCUCCGGUGGAACAAUCAUCAGAACAACCUGCUGGGCGUAUUCAGUCAACUGCUCCAAGAAGAGUCCCUCGUGGACGUGACGCUCGCCUGUUCGGAAGAAGGCCGCCUGAUCCGCGCCCACAAGGUCGUGUUAUCCGCGUGUAGCGCGUACUUCAAGGCACUGUUCCUUGACCAUCCGACCCGCCACCCGAUCGUGGUGCUCAAAGACGUUCAGUUCUCCGAACUCCGUGACCUGGUCGAGUUUAUGUACCGGGGCGAGGUGAACGUAGACCACAGACAGCUGACCACCCUGCUGAAGACGGCCGAGAGCCUUAAGGUCAAGGGGCUGGCCGACAUGGCUCGCCCCAGUGAUGGCGACGACGACACCGUCGGAGACCGCGUCGAGCUGGUGCCAGCCGACCGGGACGACGAACCCAUGGAACCUGAAGACCUGCGGCCGUUGAGCCGGUGCCGGACGCCGGUACCUGCUGAGAGCCGUACCCCUUCGCCACCACCCACCGAAAGCGAUGACAACCUUUCCAUGCAAAGCGAACCUAGUGACAUGACCACUGUCUGCAGGCACGACGACCAACCGUCCCCGUCCGGUUCCGGUCUGCCACCAGUUCAGCAAGUACCUUUGUUCUUGAAGAAAGAAGCUGACUGUGACAAGACUGACGACAGAAGCAUUCAAGGGGAAAGCUCUUCAGAAUAUCGGAGUAUACCAGAUCCGGAAGUUUGCUUGGUGGAAGGGGUGUUCAACACGUUGGCCGCAUACAGGUCGCAAGUUUCCGUUCUACAACAAGGAUUUUCCGCUUUCAGUCGGUUCUCGACUCUGCCACCCGUUUACAAUACAGAAACGUCCGUGUCGCUGUACUCGGUGCUCCAACAACAAGGACUGAUCGGGCCAUGUGUGAGCUCGAGCGACGAGGUGGCCAGCCGAUGCCUGAUCCGGUGCGCCAUUUGCCUGGCGGGUUUCCCGUCCACGUGGCUCCUAGAACAGCACACGGCCCUGCAGCAUACCGGACAGCCGGUGCGCGGCCACGGCGGCGACGGCGGUGAUGAGAAACCGUUCCAGUGCGACCAGUGCGGCCAGAGUUACCGUUACCGUUCAGCCUAUCUCAAGCACCGCGAACAAAACCACAGGGCCCGAUUGCCGGCCGACAAGCUGUUCACGUGUGACAUAUGCGGCAUGCAGUUCAGGUACCUCAAGUCGUUCAAAAAGCACCGUCUCAACCACGCGCUGGAAAGGUUACAGCGGGACGUGCCCGCGGCGGUGACAGCGGUACACAGCGACGAUAGCCGAGACGUACCGGCGACACCAACCACCGCCAAGUCGUCGGCGUCCGACAGCCAGGUGACCAGCACGAACGAAGUGGUGUCCGUGGUGACGUCGGCUCAACCGCCGGCGGCCGGACAGCAAAAGGUGGCCGGUGACGCGGCCGCCACUUCACCGUCGUCACUGUUCAACAUGCUACGAUCGAACGCUCAACGCACAGCCGCCGCCUCCGUGGUAGCUAGGUCCACUCCAGUGGCCGCUGUCGCCGCGGCGUCCGCGACCGUAGCUGUGACGACGGCGGCCACCGCCAACAACAACAGCAACGGCAGUGGCAUUAACAACAACGGUAGUGGCAUCAACAACAACAACAACAACAACAACAACAACAACAAUCGAGACGCCAAAUCGUUCGCUUGCCCGUUCUGCGGCAAGUGCGUCCGGUCAAAGGAAAACCUAAAGCUACACGUGCGCAAGCACACGGGUGAACGGCCGUUCGCGUGCUUGUUCUGCGGCCGUGCGUUCGGCGGCAAGAGCGAUCUGACCCGGCACCUGCGCAUCCACACUGGCGAGAGGCCGUACCACUGCGAGAUGUGUGGUAAGUGUUUCGCCAGGGCCGACUACCUGUCCAAACACCUGACCACGCACAUACACAACAACCAUCAGCGCUGAACGCCAACUAUUAUAGCAUUAUAGCAAAUACUAUCGUCGUGUAUUAUAAUACAUGUGUGUUGUUGUUGUUGUUGUCGUCGUUGUCGUUAUUAUUAUUAAUAUUAUAAUUAUAAUUAUUAUUAUUAUUAUUAUUAAAAUUUUUAUUAUUAUUAUUAUUAUUAUUAUUAUUAUUAUUAUACUAAUUAUACUCGAUCUAGAAAAAUACGACGCGUGCCCCGGCGCCAUGGUUCAAAACGGAUUUCCUCUUUUGCAGAUAUGUCUUUUCAUUUUCAUUUUCAUUUUCACGUUGUUCAUUUCCGGUGGUCUGUUUGUAAUUUUAAUUUUUUAAAAAUUAUUAUUUUCUAUCUAUAACGAUGUUAUGUUAUACGCCCGACAGUUAUUGUGUCGUCGACGUCGGUCGAUUCGGUUUCUGAGCGCCGCUCGGAGAAAAGCUCAAUUUUUUUAACGUAAUUUUAUACCUACCACCGCCAUAAUAAUAAAUAUGUUUGGUGACUUUUAUUAUGAUAGAUUUUUUUUAAUUCGAAACGAUUGAAAUCGACCGAUAACGUAUAGCUGACGUGUAAUUUUCGCGAUUAUAUUUGUUCCAUCCCUUUUGAACCAUUGUCGUCGUAUGGAAGAGAAAUCGAACGUCGAAGAACGACAGCGGCCUAUAAAUAUUAUAAUAACAUUUUAUUAAAACAAAUUAUUAUAAUAAUAAUACAAAAUAUAUAAAUAUAUAUAUACACUACGUAUGUCGAAUCCAACUCAAUUGUACACACGAAAGAUAGCAACAACAAAAAAGAACUCUAAAUUAUAUAAGUAUAAUUAUUAUUCUCUAGUCAUAUAAAUUAACGUUUAUAUUUCCUUUGAAAAAAAAAUCAAAAUUGUUUUUGUUUAUGUGAUCAGACGUACGGUUUGUUUUUUAUUUCGUAAAUCGUCGUGCUUUUCUCUUUAAAAUAUUUGACAUAUUUAUAUUGUUUUAAUUUUUGUUACUUUGUAUGUAUAUCUAUAAAUACGUUUACUCGCAUAUUCACGGUCGGUUAUAUUCGUUCGCGAUUUUUGAUGUGAUAAUUUUUAUUUUAUUUUUAUUUUAUUGUAAUUUUUUUUUUUCUAUAAACUUGUAUGUGAUAAAUGUAAAAUUACAUUGCGACAGUUAUUGGGGGCGUCACGGAGUCGAGUGUUUCGCACUCUUGUCGCCGCACGUCCCGGAGUGAUGUGCUAUAGAACUCGAUAAUUCGACAUUUUUAUUUUAACGGAAACAUAUUAUAUAGAUUAGGAUUUAUUCAAUAGGGCUUAUAUGUAUUUGUAAUUUUUUUGUCUCUCGUAAUAAGCAUAUAUUUAUCUUGAGAAAUUGUCAAGGAAAUGUCAUGUGAUUGUAUCUGUGAUAGAAACGGUUAGGGAAAUGAUAUGUAUUUAAAACGUCGAACCAUUUAAAAAAAAUAAACAAAAAUAGGUAAUAUUAUAAUAAAAGAUAAUAAAGUAUUAAUAUACUUGACUGCGAUUGUGAUAACAUAAAUAGCAAUUUGUUACCCAUAUUGUUACGUCGCGAGUGCUGGUUAUGACCUGAUAUAUAGGUGUUAUCAUUAAUUAUAAGCAGAGACGAGGAAACGGGUGAUAAUAAUGGUAUUGUGUAGGUGUAAGUUUAUGAAUUGUAAUAGUGAAUUGUAAUAGUGAAUAAAUGUGUAAUAUUAUGAUGUAUUAAGUAUAAUAAUACAAACAUAUUUGUAUGCAUGUAUUAUUAUAAAGGUAUUGUAGAGUGUUAGAACGUUUUGUACUAUUCGAAACAUCAUAAUAUGAAAUGUUAUGAUGUUAUGACUUAUAAUAAUUAUUACUAUUUUACUAUUAUUGUCAGUGAUGUGCAUUUAUGAUAGUAUGAUACGAAUAAUAAAUAGACUGAGAUUUGGGUGGCCGGACCAGAGCCAGAGAUAACAUGACAUAAUAUGUAAGCAUAGGAUAUAUUAUAUAUUGUACAAUUGUGCUAAGAAGAUAAAUAUUGCUCAAAAACAGUAUUAAAACGCAUAACUCACAAAUCUCAAACACACCGCGUAUACAUAAUUAAUUGAUAAAUACAAAUAAAUAUAUUAAUUGUAAUAGUCAAAACUCGUAACUGUAAUAGUACAAUUUUUUCGUAAAAUGUUUAAUUAUUAAGCUUUUUUACAGCUCUACCUCAUGUUUAUAUAAUGUAAUGAUAUAUGUAAAACAGUACGAUAUUUCACAAAUACUUGUAACAAAAGUACAAAAUAGCCAAUUUUUUUUGUUAAUUAACUCACCUCUUUAUAUAUUUUUAUUUAUACUUAACCUUAAUAACUUAUUAUUAUUUCUUUUUUAAAUUUUUAUUAAGUUUGUAUGUUUUCCAUCAGUACCUCCGUUUUUUUUUUUUAUUAACUAUUAUUUUAACGACGUAUAAACGUGUAUUCAUUCUGUACAAUUCGAUGAAAGGAAAAAAAUAUAUAUAUAAAAAGAAAAUG